UCCCUGCCUGCUCUGAUCUUGCCUUCCCAGGGGAAGUACAGCAUGCAGGGGCCAAGAGUGGCUCUGUCACUUAGCAGCCCCGGGGUGUCCGCUGCUGCAAUUACUGCCCUGGAGGGUGUGUUCCGGGCUUUGGGCUUUGAGAGCUGCGAGAGAAGGGAGGCCUCAGUCCAGGGCUUCCUUGAGGAGCUGGCUGGGUUCCGGGAGAGGCUAGAUGCCCAUGGGGGUCCUGUGGGCUGUGCCUUAGUGGCCUUGGUGGCCCCCAGUGGGCAGUUGCAGCCACAGCAGCUAAUCCGGGAGUUGAGCCCCUGUGGAGCCCUGCAGGGGUGCCCCAAAGUCUUCCUGCUGCUCUCCAGCGGCCCUGGGGCCACCCUGGAGCCUGGAGCCUUCCUCACUGGCCUGAGAGAGCUCUGCAGCCGCUCUCCUCACUGGUCCCUGGUGCAGCUGCUAACAGAGCUCUUCCACAGGGUAGCUGAAGAGUCCACAGGGAGUGGCUGCUGCCCUGUCCUUCAUAGCUCCUUGCGGGGGUCACUGUGCCUGGGAGGCGCGGAGCCCUGGAGGCCUGAGCUGGCUCCCAGCCCCAGCACUCAGUAUGACCUGUCCGGGGCCAGGGCCGCCCUCCUCCUGGCUGUGAUCCGAGGCCGGCCUGGGGCCCAGCAUGAUGUGGAGGCGCUGGGGGGCCUAUGCCAGGCCCUGGGCUUUGAGACUACCCUGAGGACAGACCCUACAGCCCAGGCUUUCCAGGAGGAGCUGACUCAGUUCAGGGAGCGGCUGGACACCCGCGGGGGUGCUGUGAGCUGUGUCCUUGUGGCCCUGAUGGCCCAUGGAGGACCACGGGGGCAGCUGCUGGGAGCUGAUGGGCAAGAGGCACAGCCAGAGGUGCUGGUGCGGGAGUUGAGCCACUGCCGGGUGCUGCGGGGCCGCCCCAAGGUCCUCCUGCUGCAGGCUUGCCGUGGGGGGAACAGGGACGCCGGGGUGGGGCCCACAGUCAUCCCCUGGUACCGGCGCUGGCUGCGGGCACCUCCAGUCAUCCCCUCCCACGCAGAUGUCCUCCAGAUCCAAACUGAUGCCCAAGGCAGCUUCUCCGGGGGCCCCUCUUCAGAGAGCGCUGACCAAGCAGACAUCCUGACGGUCUAUGCAGCCACUGAGGGCUGUGUGGCCUAUCGGGAUGAGAAGGGCUCAGACUUUAUCCAAACGCUGGUGGAGGUCCUCAGAGCCCACCCUGGGGGAGACCUUCUGGAGCUGCUGACUGAGGUCAAUAGGCGAGUGUGUGAGCAGGACGUGUUGGGUCCCGACUGCGACGAACCCCGUAAGGCCUGCCUGGAGAUCCGCAGCUCGCUCCAGCGCCGGCUUUGCCUGCAGGCCUGACAGCAUUGCGGCCACCGGUGGUGCCUAGAGGGUGGCUAAAUAACAGCACCACCACAGACUCCAUCCACCCUCUUUUCCUCAUCUGUGCUCCAGGCGUGGCAGUG